AUGGGGCACCUUAAGCAGCAGUGCCGCAUCCCGCUUGCCUCCGCCAUGUCCACUUUAGGCGCAUCCACUCCGAAUGCUUUCUCGAGACUUCCCAUGACCCCUCCAGAGCCUGUAGAUAGCGUCUUGGUACCUCCGAACACUGUCUCCAAGGAUGCUGCGUCCGUCACUACAGCUGUCCAUGUGAUUUCGACGGAGCGCGCGGCCCUCGCGCAUCUCGAGCGUCUUUACCAGACGGACCAGCUCGCUCAGGAACAUCUUUCUCGCGCGGUAGACCAGAUCGCAGGGACUAUUCGAAAUGGAGGAAAACUGGUCUGUUGCGGAGUGGGCAAGAGUGGGAAGAUCGCACAGAAACUUGAGGCGACAAUGAAUAGUUUGGGGAUAUACAGUACCUUUCUGCAUCCGACAGAGGCGUUGCAUGGAGACUUGGGGAUGAUCCGGCCGAACGAUACUCUGCUCUUAAUCUCCUUCUCUGGACGGACACCUGAACUCCUCCUUCUACUCCCCCAUAUCCCCCCAACUGUUACCAUAGUCGCCCUCACAUCCCACCUCCACCCGUCAACAUGUCCUCUCAUGUCUUUCCAGCCUAUGGAAAAGGGAAUCCUUCUACCUGCGCCCAUCCAUGAAGACGAAGAGACGUCCAUAGGCGUCUGCGCACCGACAUCCUCUACAACCGUUGCCUUAUCCCUAGGUGACGCUCUAGCUAUAGCUACAGCCCGCAAACUUCAUACUACUCCCGGACGUGGCCCAGCAGAGGUUUUUAAAAGCUUCCACCCGGGCGGCGCAAUCGGAGCUGCAUCUACCGUCUCCACGCCACUGAGCAUGAGCUCCUCCAGCGCCUCAUUGACUUCGCACCCGUCCGAAUUUCUCCAAGGACCAGUUCGCCAGCCUCAGCUCCGACAUCGACAUGAAAAGAUAACUCCAUUUUCUGAUCCAGGCGUGGAAUAUCAGGACAGAAUGCAGUCCGAUUCUGAUGCAGAGUCAGAGAAGUCCGUCCCUGCAUCUCCACCACCAAACACAAUCGCCAACAUGAUUUCUGUCCCACUUUCUCGAAUUCCAACAGUCUCAUCGCCAGCAUCAAUUUCAGGAGCGGUUCAUAGUAAUAUCCGACUCCUCGACAUUCUCCUUACGGCAAUCCAGCACCCCGACGCAAAUUCAUGGGUCUUCGUUGCCCCUGACAUUCUCAUCCCUCCACGAAAACUCCGUUAUCUCUCCUCCAAGGGCUACGUCGACAUGGACGUAUCGUCACUUAAUGCUCCCUAUCUAGCACCGCGAGAGCGCUGGACGUUCAUCUCUGACGAUUGCACUAUUGAGGAAGCAAAGGAGUGGUUUCCGCCUAAUGAUCCAAGGCCUGUCAGUGUUGUGGCGGUAGUAAGGGGCCAGGACUCUGAGGAUGUUCUGGGCGUGUUUGAGAUUGAGGAUCUUUGGGGUGGCAACGAUGGGAACGACUGA